AUGCCGUCUCGCGCUCUAGCGAAGAAGACGACCGGCAAAACCCCCCGACAAAGGACCGCAUCCGAGACCCGGGAAGCCAAAGACGCCGCCAAGCAUCAUCAUGGCUUUAUCAGUCUAUUUCGCAUUUUCGACGCGGAAAAGAAUUAUCUAGCUGCUCCGGGUCUCAAAUGGCCUGCAUGGGCCGAGGAGCAUAGCGACUAUAAGCAUGUGUUCCACCAGGGCCCAAGGCAAACACAACAACAGAUAAAUAGUGAAGAUCGCGAAAAGCACAAGAAGCGGAAGUAUCCAGAUAGUGUCUUGAUUCAGGAAAGCUUCGUUGUCGACAAUCCCCCUUUGCAAGUUGCCAGGUAUUGCACCUUUCAGGGCACAAUGGAAUUCUUGUCAUAUAUCGACAUCAUUGUCCCCGAGAUUGUCGGCAAGGCUGCCUUAUUAGCUGUGAACUUCCGACCCAACGAAGACACGAUCAAUGCCAAUGCACCAGAUUCAAUGAUAUACGCAGAUUUCCGAGCUCGCGGCGUCGAGGAAAAUGCCUCAUCGAUCCCAAAGCCGACGCCAAACGACGUCUUGAAAGCCUAUGACGACGACGAAGAGAUCAAGUCGUUUGUCGACCGGGUAGCGAAACUUUGUCCCAGGCCAACUUUGAUCCCAGCCCUCAACAAGCACGUGGACUCAAGGGUAUUGUCGAACAAAGAACAGAUAUCUCCAAAGGCAUUUGUUCUUGCCCAUGCUGUCCAGAUCCUCCUUUUUGCUCCCAUAGACUGGGACAGAGAGCGUGUCUACUCUCGCGACAGAGGGAAGUACGUUCAUCGAUUUCCAACUCCUGCGGAAUUCGGUGGCGGUACUGGAACACAGGUCGCGGGCUUGUUUUCCAUGGAAGAUCUACACCGUGCCAUUUUGAUCUUCUACGCCCUUGUUUGCCGUCGAUCUAAGCGUACGGCUUGGAUAACGCGGACCCCAUCUAGCAAUGCCAACGAGGCGGGGUUCGUAGGCUACUUCGAUGAGUCCGCGGCGGCGAUUGCAGAGGUUCCGGAGGUUGGCGACACGGUCAUGGACGUUUCUCUCGUGGCGGGUGCCAAGUUCCAAGCCAGUGUCAAGGAGAAAAGCCUUGAGCGACGGGUAGCCCAAAAGGCUUGGGCGAAGAAGUACCGAGAGCAGCAGAUGGAUGGCGGCAGAGACAUUGACCUCCUCAGUGAUUAUCAGAUACCCCCGGAUCCAGAUGCUCUGCCUGCAGUCACUGGAAAUCACCAUGUCGAUGUUUGCGCUGCGUUGUUGGAGUCCACUCAGUCAACCCGGCCGAAACUUGCCAUCAAGGCGAGAAUUGCUGAGGCCAGGAUCAAAGACAUGGAGCCUUUGAGCAAGACAAGCUUCAAAGCUGUUAUUGGUCUUCUCAACUCUGUCCAUGGAAAGCAUGACUUUGACGCCAUGUUGGCUCAGCUUCAGGAAACGAUCACACAUGUCGACAGUUUCCUUCCAGGCAACGAGAUCAACGAUUUCAUCAGAAGCCAGGAGGAGUCUGAAGUUGUCACGGAGUUUCGGCGUGCGAACCCUGAAAAAGAAGCAGAGCUGGUAAAGCUCAGUCGCCAGCAGUACGCUCUGGAGCAUGUGCUAUCGUCCCUUCAGCCAGAACCGUCUAAGGAAGGGCUGCAGUCCCUCUGCGCGACGUUUGGGAUUGCGCCUUGGCCUGAUCUCAGACUGUAUCCUGACCGCGAGGAUGUUGAGUCCCUCAAGCCCCACCAAGUGGAAGAUGCUGUCAGCACCUUUCAACGUGGAGAGACUUUUUGGCGACAUACCUUCCUUUCCAACGACAUGGGGACGGGGAAAACUAAAAUCUACUAUAGCACCAUCGUCCUCAAUCAAAGACGCCAAGAAGAGCGGUAUAACAUGGACAUGGAGACUCGAGGCGAAUCGGACAUCAGGUUUUACCCAUCCCUUAUUCUUACACCAGUCAAUGCGAUUUGCCAGACCUGGAAAGAGGGCCAUGAGAACUUCAAAAACCUCGAGAUCUUCGUCUACUACAGCACGCCCAGCGAAUUCCCGGAGAGGAAAGCACGUGUGGUUGAUAACAACAAAUGCAUUAGUUUGUUGAAUCAAUUCGCCGAUAGUACCCAUGAUCCAAAGAAUGGCCACGUCGUCGUUAUUUCAACCUACCCAACAUGGUCCAGCCGCGCCGUUUUGAAGAGAGAGCGACUAUUUGUCUUCAAGGAUGGCAAAGCCCCCGCAUCGGUCAUUAAACAACGAACGAAGGCGAGAGACAGUUCUGAAGCCCAGGAUGAGGAUGUCGAGGAUGGGCGGGAGGAGCAGGCGACCAUCAAGAAAUACACCGCCAGUGAGCUUAACAUGGACGAUAUCGAGUUUAUCACCCAAAACGAAACCGAGGCUGCCGAAAAGGCCGACGGCAAUCUCAUCGAGUAUCUGUCCAAAGAUAAAGCCUUCUCGAAAGCAACAUUUGAGUUUAUUGUUGCUGACGAUGCUCACAUCGCCAAAAAGCUCAACGGCAUCUAUAAUCACAUGCUGCGCCUUCUCGACUGGAAGAAGCUUUUGUGGGUGACUGGGACCCCGGUUCAGAGUUCCUUCAGAGACUUAUUGUCUCCCCUGUCUCUCAUGUGGGCAGCUUAUGAAGAGAACAAGUUCAACGGCGGGAAGGAUGCCACGCAUGGCAUCUUCACUGAAGCCUACUUGACAAAGUUCUCCCAGUUUGCCGCCCUCCAAGAUGCUUUCAACAAAUCUGGCGGCAAGUGUCGCCUCUGGAUGACCAACCCGGUCAUUUUCCGCGCUGCUGGUAGUGCAUUCAAUUGGGGAACCGAGGCUGGUCAUCGCGUUGUGCGACCGAUCUACAAGAUGCUCCAGGUUCGCCGUACCAUGAGGACACCGCUUAAAUUGCCGGACGGAAAGGUGUGCUGUCCUGCUCAGGAUCUACUCCAUUCGACGAUCGUACUCGAAGAAGACCAGGCAAAGAAGCUGUUCCAGAAGAAGAUGAAGGAGUCCAGCAUCGAGGAUAUGCAUCGAAGCGGUAACUCUGAGACCAUCAGUCAUCAAAUCAAGGACUCUCCUCCCAAGAUGAACUUUGGCGAGCACAGAAAGGGUGUCCUGACUUCAUUUGACUGGCGGAACUACAAACUCUUGUCCUCAGAUAACCCGAUUAUUUUUGGAGAGGAAGAUGCUGUCAACCAGCGUAUCAAAUCGCUGAGAGAUCCCACGGUCGUUCGUACCAAUUCGCAAAUGGCACGAGAGAGUAAGACGCGGUCGACACCAGUUGUCGGUGUUGACAAGGUUGAAGAACUUCUUCACAACGACAUCAAUGGUGGGCUCAGCUUCUUCUUUCAUCAGACUAACAUCGACCCAUCCUUACUUCCACCAAGCGACCGUGUUGGCUAUAUCCACUGGCUCUGCUACAUGAGUCCCGUCAUGACCCGAACCUUGGAAUUGGUAUGGCAGUAUGUCAGAGAGGAGAAAGAACGUGUCCUUGUCUAUGUGGAUUCGCCAUGGAUUCAGGCUAUCGUGGUUCAGCUGUUUACUAUAGCUGGUUUGGACGUUGUUACCGUUCGCCCUUCGGACAGCUCCAUCACCAAAAACAACAUUAUCGCCAAGUGGAACGACCCCAAAUCAGGCAUCGAGGUGUUUGUCGCCAAUGCGAGCAACAUGGGUACUAGUGUCAAUAUGCAUACCUGCUGCUGCAAAGGCAUUUUCAUGAACUGGCUUAUGACCGCGAAAGCCAUGCUUCAAAUCAUCGGCCGCCUGAUCCGAAUCAACCAGGUCAAGCCUGUCAAGUUCCACCUAAUCAAGUUGAAGAACAGCUACUAUGACAACAUAGAGCGCAUCUGCGUCACCAAGUGGGCGAACCAGUUGUCUGCAGAAGUUAUGCUUCCUGACUGGAUGACUGAUGCGAUGCGUGAGAUUUGCGUCUUUGAGCUCAUCAAGACCUCCUGGCAUCAGCCUUUCAACCGCUAUGCCUGGGUUGUUGAGCGAGAUGUCAUCGGGCACAAUAUUGAGUAUCAUUCAAACGACAUGAUAGGCCUUGGACACGUUUUCUCCAUCGUUGCCAAGUUGCUGCUGGAUAAUCCUCAAGACGAGAUUCAGGAUUGGUGGACAGAGAACGUUGACUGGAUCGUCGACGGCUGCCGCGAGCUCGCGUCCACCUUUGGAUCUCCGGACGAGAUCGAGGCCCAUCUAUCCAGUCCACCCGAGAAGCUUUCUAACUACUUCUUCGAAAAGCUUGUUGCUGCUGUCGCCAAAGCUCGCGAUCGAGGCAGCAAAGAGCGGGGAGCCGCGAACCGUCACAGCCAGACACGUUGUGGUGUCGAGGCUAGAAAGGAUAAGCAGCAACUCAGCGAUGGGUUCGAGUUGGUCAGCGACUUUGAGGAUGAAGAGUCCUCGGAUAUCGAUGACAUGGCCCAGGAGCACGAGGAAUUAGAGCAGGCGGAGAUCGACGCGCCCUUUUCGGAUGCAGCGAGGCCCGAGACGCCCGACAGGGGCAUGAAGCGAAAGGCGAAGGACGAUGGCCGCGAUGGAGGUCCUAUCAAAAAGCAGGACAAUGGUACUAACUAG